CACGUGCCCGCGGCGUUCCAGCCCCAGGCACGUGCUCCCCGCGCGUGCGACAGCGCGGGCGGCGGUUGCAGCAACGGCAUGAGCGGCUUCGCGCGGCCCCGGAACGGCAUGGCGCCGUCGGGAGAGGACUGCUUGUCCGUGUACCAGCGGUUGAGUCAGCGGAUGCUGGACAUCUCCGGGGACCGCGGCGUGCUCAAGGACGUCAUCCGGGAGGGCGUCGGGGAGCUGGUGACGCCCGACGCGUCGGUGCUCGGUACCACGGGGACCAGGCCCCCGCUCAAAUAUUCUGGCUACCUGGAGCACAUGGACAAACCCUUCGAUUCCAAUUGCUUUAGGAAGUCUCCACGGCUCAUGAAACUUGGAGAGGACAUUACGCUGUGGGGCAUGGAGCUGGGCCUCCUGAGCAUGCGCAGAGGAGAGCUGGCCAGGUUCCUGUUCACGCCCACCUACGCCUACGGGGCGCUGGGCUGCCCGCCCCUCAUCCCCCCCAACACCACCGUCCUGUUCGAGAUCGAGCUGCUGGACUUCCUGGACUCGGCCGAGUCGGACACGUUCUGCGCCCUGUCUGCGGAGCAGCAAGACCAGUUUCCACUUCAGAAGGUCCUAAAAGUGGCAGCCACGGAGCGGGAGUUUGGCAACUACCUUUUCCGCCAGAAUCGUUUCUGUGAUGCCAAAGCACGAUACAAGCGGGCCUUGCUGCUCCUGCACCGGCGGUCGGCGGCCCCCGGGGAGCAGCACCUGGUGGAGGCCGCCAAGCUGCUUGUCCUCCUCAACCUGUCUUUCACGUACCUGAAGCUGGAGCGGCCGGCCCCGGCGCUGUGCUACGGCGAGCAGGCUCUGGACAUCGACGACAAGAACACCAAGGCCCUGUUCCGGUGCGGACAGGCCUGUCUCCUCAUGACUGAGUACGAGAAGGCCCGGGAUUUUCUCGUCCGAGCCCAGAAGCAGCAGCCCUUCAAUCAUGACAUCAACAGCGAGCUGAAGAAGCUGGCCAGCUGCUACAAGGACUACACGGACAGAGAGAGGGAGAUGUGUCACCGGAUGUUCGCGCCAUGUGCCAACGGCCCGGCCGUGGCACAGCACUACUGAAGCUCUCAGCUGUGGCCUGGAGAAGCAGUACAAGAUGGCCCCGAUCCUUGGGGCCCUGCACCCACGUGGGAGACCCAGAGGAGGCUCCUGGCUCCUGGCUUCAGAUCGGUGCAGCUCCGGCCGUUGCAGCCAUCUGAGGAGUGAACCAGCAGAUGGAAGACACCUCUCUCUCUCUCUCUCUCUUUGCCUCUCCUUCUUUCUUCUUUCUCUUUGGAACACUGACUUUCAAAUAAAUACAUCUUAAAAAAAAAAAAGGUCGUGGGAGAAUGGGAUGAAGAGAUUGUUUCGGUGCAAGCCAGGGUGGCGCUCCCUGCAUAGUUUCCUCUUAGCAUGUGGUUUUCAAUGUGCUGUUUGAAGGCCCCAAGUAUGCAUGGAUUUAGAUUUUUUUUUCACUCCAAAGUAAACUCGACUUUUUAUUGCAUUUUCACAAGCUUUUUGUGGUAGUCAUGUGUCUUGAGACCCUGGAGAGGGGUGCCCUGUCGCUAGUGUCAGCUGUCUAGAGGGUGACACGUCGGGACCAGUGAGGAGACAGAUGGAAGCUGGGCCCGGGUUGGGGGGGGGAUGUCAGCGAGCCCUCCCACUCGGGACCCAUGCAGAGGUGCGGGUGUUGGGUACUUUGGAUGAAUGACCAUGGGGAAGGGUCUGCUCCCAGGCUGCUCCAGCGUCUUCCACGGGAGAGGGUGCUGGCUUCCCUGUUAGGGUCUGAGCCGAGCUGGAGGGCCCUGGAGAGGCAGGGGCCUAUGAGAUCACCUGGCCUUCCUGGUCCCUCCAUGUGCACCUGGCAGUGUCCAGCUGUGAGGCAAGGAUGGCAGCUCCAUCCUGCUGAAGUCGCCGCCAGCCGGGGUAGGCUGCACGGUCCUGCUCUGAGCGCGAAAAUCCCCCGAGGGAAGGAAGGCGGUGGCCUAAUUCAAGACAGAGUUUGCAGCCUGCUUGUUCAGAAGGGCGAGACAGGUGGCAAAGCAAAGUGCAUGCCGGCAGGGAGGGCCUCCCUCUCCCACCCCGUGAGGCCGCCAGGGGCCCUGUAUCUGGAGCUGUGCGGCCUGUGGGGUGAAGCCCAGGACCGCAGCCUGCUCUGCAGGCCUUAGGGGUCUCCUAGGACCUGAAGACAGAGCACACAGCAGCAGUGCAGGGAAAUCCCGAGCCAGGCUGGGAGGAUGUGCGUGGCGGGCGUAGGCGGCUGAGUGGGGACACCCCUGGGGGUCGUGCGGAGUGGGCAGGGGGUGACAGUGAGGCAUCUAGAGCUGAGGUUGGCUGUGGGCGUGUUGGAGUGUGGGCUGCAUUGUGUGGACGUCAGGAGGGGCAGGCGUGCUCCCAGCCGCGAUCCAAGCCCGCUGAAGGGAGCUGUGUGGCAGGGCGAGGGAGGGUGUGCUCCGUCCUGAGACUCCUAGUGACAAGCCGGAAUGUAUGCAGAGGAGGAAGACCUGGCCCCCAAGGGCCUGAAAAUGACCCAUGGUGCCUGGUGGGCGGAGAUGAGACACACAAGCCCUGUGUGUUGCACCUGUUGCUACCCAGCAGCAGGGAGCCCAGCAGGAGUGAGGCAGGCGGGUUGGCCUCCUGCAGCCCGCAGCACUCAGCGAGUCACUGCGAGCGGAGGAGGGGACCCCCCACGCCCUCUGCCCCUCUGUCCGUCAGGCUUGGGUUCUGGAUCAUUCCCGGAACUCUGUUCGCCGUUUGUUAGUUUCUUGUGGUUAGCUCUCACGUUUUGAUGAAUUUUGCUAGAAGUGCAUAUCCCACUUCAUGGGCCAGGUAUUCUUGCCGUGUUUUGUGAGGAUCAGUGUCCUUACCUAAUGCCUGCGCGUGCCCGGCCUCAUCUCCCGUUUGCACACAAUGAACCGACUCGGCAGAGCGGAGUCCCUUGCCUGGUACACAGCUGCUAAGUGACAGAGCCAGGGGCUCCAAACCAGCAGUGUGGUCCACAGCCGCCAAGUUUAAAAACCAUGAGUACGGCAGGAAAGGGAGAACAAGCUCAGCCUUUAACUGUUUCUCCUGAGAUUGUCUGUUUGGCCAAACGAAUACUGCGUUCGUAUUGCUGUUCCUUAGCAGCCUGGGACCCAGAAUGCUGCUUCCUGCCGUGCUGUGAUACAGUGCCACCUUCUGCCCCCGCAGCUCCUGGCCCAGCCUCUGGCUGCAUAAGGACAGCAGUGCACCCAGACGGAUGCUUCUGCUUCCAUAAAGUACAGUCAGCAUGUCCUGCCUCCAGUCUGUGUGUGAGAGCAGUGCUGUGCUGACGUGUUUCUCAGAGCUUAUGUUUUCCUGCAGUUUCUGGUUACCUUUUUAGUUGGUUGAGCCGUUUGCCUUUGCCAUAGCCACACCACAUUCCGUACCCUGUGGUGCCGUGGGAUCUGUGACUCCCUUCUCUUCCAGGGGACCUCUCCAAUCUUCCUGGGCUGCUGCCGACCCCCAGCUGCUGGCCGGGGACUACCCUAGCUCCUGGGUUAAAUCCAUUGUUUCCUGGAUUCCUCUUCUUGAUUUACUUCCUUUUUCUGAUAUUUUUCUAGCAACUUCCAAAAAUUGAUGCAUAAUCUCUUGAUAAGUGAUUUGAAUCUUUAUAUGUCCAAGAAGUGACUUUUAUUAGGGCUUCACAUUUGGCUAAAAAUAUAUGCCUGGGAGUCUGGCAUUGUGAUGUUAACAGGGUAAGCCACCGCCUGUAAUACUGGCAUCCCACGGGGCAUCAGUUCAAAUCCCAGCUGCUCUACUUCAGGUCCAGCUCCCUGCUAAUGCACCUGGGAAAGCAGCAGCAGAUGGCCUGAGUGCUUGGGCCCCUGCACCCAUGUGGGAGACCCGGAUGGAGUUCCAGGCUUCAUCCUGGCCCAGCCCCAGCUGUUGUAGCCAUUUAGGGAGUGAACCAGCAAUUGGAAGAUUGCCGCACCACCACUCUGCCUUUCAAAUAUGUAAAAUCUUACCCAAAAAACCACGUAUGCUUGGGAGUUUGAGAGUGAAAAGAACCUGCCCCUGCUGAGAUGAGUUCCCAGGGUACCCCCUCCCCAUACACCUCCUCCCACCCACC